UGAUACGAUCGUGUGCGUGCGAUAAGUGAGGAGUAGCAGUAAUCUGACAAGUCAGUCCGACCUGGAGUCAUGCUAUCGAGACUUUGUUGAUAUCAAAGUCAUAGAUAUGACGGAAGCGACCUAUUCUUACAUUCGCGUAAGCGCUACAUGCACCCAACCUGACUGCCUGGGAAGAAGCAAGCUGGAUCCCCAGUCUAUCCCGUGUAGAUAUGCCAAAAACAUGAGUGAUAAGAAAGAAACAAGCAUCCAAAUGGAUAGCGAAGUAAUGAGACUCUCAACGCUGUCUCUAGAAUGUCGGAAAUCUCAUAGCAGGAUAAACGAAAUUGGGGCACGAUCCCAGCGAUGAAGGGGUAUAGCACAAAACGCCUUGUGGGUAUCCGUUCAUCAUCCCUCGCUUUUCACAAGAACUCCGGAAGCGUAAG